AUGGAGAAUUUCCAAGAUGAUGAUUUUUUUAUGUCUUCUUUUUCACUAUCAAAUCUGUCACAAACACAUGAAGCUAAAAAAGAAUUAUCAGCUUUAGCAUCAGCUACUACAACUAAAAAUAGUCAAUUCUUAAAUAAACCUA